GUCAUCGGGUAGCGACACAUUUAUGGUUGCCGUGUGCCCCGUAUCCGCCAUCAUGAAAGCCGCGGCGUUGGUGGAAGAGCGAAAGGCGCCGAUGGAGGGAGGAUCGCAGGACGAGGCAGAGGGGAAUGCAGAUGCGGCGGAGGAGCAGGAGGAGCCCGAGGAAGCGGACUGCGACGGCAGCAGCAAGAAGAAAAAGAGGGUAGUGCCGGGUAUUGUUUACCUGGGACACGUCCCGCCGCGAUUCCGGCCCUUGCACGUUCGCAACCUGCUCAGCGCCUACGGUGAGGUGGGACGCGUUUUCUUCCAGGCAGAAGACCGCUUUGUGAGACGCAAAAAGAAGGCAGCAGCGGCUGCAGGAGGGAAGAAGGCAGCUAAAUACAGCAAGGACUAUACAGAAGGCUGGGUGGAAUUCCGUGACAAGCGCAUAGCCAAGCGAGUGGCAGCCAGUCUACAUAACACGCCCAUGGGUGCCCGCAGGCGCAGCCCCUUCCGUUACGACCUGUGGAACCUCAAGUAUUUGCAUCGUUUUACUUGGUCGCAUCUCAGUGAACACCUUGCCUUUGAGCGCCAGGUACGGAGACAGCGCCUAAGAGCAGAGGUCGCCCAAGCAAAGCGAGAGACUGACUUCUAUCUUCAAAGUGUCGAACGGGGAAAACGCUUCCUUGCAGCGGAUGGGGAUGCUACUCGCCCGAAUAGCUCCUGGACAUUUGCUCAGCGUCCCACUGAGCAGGAGCUGAGGGCCCGGAAGACAGCACGGCCAGGAGGGCGGGAACGCGCUCGACUGGCAGACGCCCAGGACCAGGCCCGAUCCAACAAAGGGCUCCUGGCCAAGAUCUUUGGAGCCCCUCCACCUGCAGAGAGCAAAGAAGAACCAUAGCCAGCAAGGGACUCCUGGUGGAAAAAGAAGCCACUUGUACCUACCAGCCCUGCUCUCUGCUGGUCUGUCCCCCGCAGAGUGUAACCCACAGCCCAGGAAGAUACUUUCUCUCUAUUCCGCAGACCAAGAGUCUGGUAAAAAGACUUUUUUGUAGGCCUCUUUUACCUACCCUGAUCAAAUCCUGUAAGUGCCCAGUUGAGAGCUUACUUUGCAGGUUGAUUACUCCUGGAAGUACCUGUUUUCUUUUGUUGGACAUUUGGUUGCCUGCCUCUUUCUCAGUGGGCUCCUAACAAUUUCUGGCUUGAAAAGUGUGGAUUUGCCUUCCACUAGCGUAGCCAUGACAAGCCCAUGUGAUCUGUGGUAGGCGGCAGAAUUAACAGGAAUUGGCUUAGUGGCUCAAUUUGAAGUUUUUGUUUGAAAAUAAAAAAUAAU